AUGCCCUUACAAUCACCACCAUUCUAUUAUCCUAUUGAUAAUAACGUGUUAACUACUGUGGUUCCUUCUUUGAACCAAGUACAAUAUAAAGAUAAUGAAUAUGAUUCAGUGAUGCCCUCAAAAAGACGUGGUAUUCUGAAAAUAAGAAAAGAACCGACACAACGUCGGUUAGUUCAUUUUAUGCCAGAAAAUUGGCAAAAAAAGACCAAACCUGAUAAUCGUGGUUAUAAACCCGAUCAGUUGAAUAAUACAGGUCGAAAACAAAAAACAAAAAAAUCACCUGAAGAAGCUCAUCUUGACACACUCCGUAGAAGAGCAGGGCGUCAAAAACAACGAGCAGCUUUACUUGAAAAAAGUAACAAAUUAGAUUGUUUCAAGGAUAAUAAUCGGUUUACACUUCUUUCUGAAAUAGAUGAUGACAAUAUAAAUUCAGAGGCUGAUAAUCAAACUGAAGCCAUGAUAAAUAAUAAUAAUAAUAAUAAUAAGAUGGAACAGAAGACGAACUUGUCUAAAAAACAAAAAAAUAGACAAGCUAGAACAACAACAGAAGUUCCGAUAAUUGAUGAACAUGUUGUUAAUAAUAAUAAAAAAACGCGAGGAAAUACCCAGCGUCAAAUAAAUUUUUCUGAUUCUGAAAAAGAAGAAGAAAAUUAUGAUAAUAAUGAUAAAUCACCUUCUUUAAAUAAAGAUAAACGAAAAUGUAAAAGUUAUUUACAAACUUUUAAAAUUCUCGCUUAUCUAAAAGAUCGUGUGAAUAAAGAUAAUAAAAUAAAACUCGACAUUAAAGAUGUUUUCAAUGAAGUUUGUGAAUAUGCAAAGUAUACCAUUGAAACAUAUGAUAGUUGGGUACGUAAUCAUUAUGAAGCCCAGGUCUGGCAACAUAUCUAUGAUUUAGGUAAAGAAAAAGAUCAUUGGGCUAAAGAAAUAGUAAAUAUAACACAUACACGGGAGGCUAAAGUAAAUGUAUCAAUGUGUGAAAAGAAAUUAGCACAAUUGACAUCGACAUGUUUCGAUGAUAAUAAUAU